AUGGAGAACUUCCGUCAAACCAGCAAUACUGGCAAUUACGAAGUCUACACUGGGUUUUGGACCGACUGGACCAAUGGCCCAAUUUUUGGCGCAACCGUCACGUUGAACAAGCGGGAUGGAUCCCUUCUCAUUGCGUUCAUCGCACUCUUUGUCAGCCUUGUCGGCACUUGUUUUUGGAGGAUCUGCUGCUUCGCACUCCACCAGUUCUACUCGACACAUGUAGCGCAAGAUGCCCUCUACCAUCAACGUCAAGCCAUCUUCCGGAAUGCUGCCAACGGUUCAAGCGGCCUUUGGAGGCUGCUCAAUGUCUGGUGGGAGUGGCGUAAGACUUCUGUCGAUCGCCCUUCCCAGCGACUCCUCCCUGCUGCCGGGUUUGCCAUCUGCUGCAUUUUCGCCUUCGCCACGGCAGGCACGUUUUCCUCCAAAAUCUCCACGGCUGCCAACGGCGUGCUGGUUCGCAGUUCUGAAUGCGGCAUUCUGGACUCGGACAACAACCAAAACCUGGAGGAUGCCGUGCUUUACUACUAUCCCUGGUCCGCCCAGAUCAUCAGCUCGUGGUCUAUUUACGCUCAAGACUGCUACCUCAACGUCUCCGACCUGGGAUCCUGCAACGCAUUCAUCCAGCCGCAGCUACCGAGCAAAAUCGACCGCAACGCCAGUUGCCCCUUCCAGGAUGGGAUCUGUGAGAACGAAUACGGCAACAUCGAAUUCGAGACUUACCUCGACAGCCACUCCGACCUUGGAUUGAACGCGCCGGCUGAUGAACGCGUAAUGUUCAGGCGCGUAUCCAGCUGUGCUCCGAUCAAGACGGAUGGACACCGGAGCAGGUUUUAUUCGCCUGAGACUGCCAUGAACUACUCGCGCUAUUUCUACGGGCCAACAGGAUACGUCAACUAUACUUACGAGUAUCCCGAAGUGAUUUGGAGCUCAGCACCGAGCAUGCCCGGGUCGGUAUCCAAUGGUGGUGGUCGAUACACAGUACAGGUACAGGAGGCCUUUAUUUCCAACGGAUCCUACGAAGAACUCUCUGCCUUCGAACCCAUACCCGCUCUCAGGCAACAAGACGCAGAUGUCCACCUCAUCCUCAUGUCGGCCAACAGCAUCGUCUACACCGAAGAAGUCACCGACCCGUGGUAUUCCGCCACCACCAGCUACACAAACAUCACAUCAGCCGACAAGGCAACCGGAAAGCUGAAGGUGUACCGUGCAGACAACCCCGUCUCCGUCCUCGCCUGCACCGUCAAAGAGCAGUACUGCAACCCCAACCUCCCAGCCGACGAACGGUGUUCCCCCUUCGGCGGCACAUACGAAUCCCCGUCUCUAGCCGCGGACAUCUGGUCAAACAACAACCAGCGCACGGCCUUCAACUGGCUCAGCGCCAUCGUCUACGCCUUCAGCGUCACCGUCGAAGUCGUGCCGGGCAUCCUGCGCGAAGGCGGCCUGCUGGCCGGCUACAAGAGCCAGAACGGCGUCUCCGGCGCCCUCCCGACCAACCAGUGGCAGCUCGAGGCAGAGAGCUGGCACGCCGCGACCCUCGUCGCGCUGCAGGGCAGCAUGACGCAAGUCGCGAAAGGCACGUCGGACGAGAACCUCAAGUCCUUCCUCCGCGCCCCGAAUAACACGGCCGAGCGGAACCUCUGCAACAACCAGAAAAUCCCCACCGCCUCCCACUCCAACUUCUCCGUCUUCGGCCUCGCCCUCACGCUCGCCCUCGGCUCCGCUGUCGUGCUGCUGUCGUACGUGCUGGAGCCGCUGACGGCGUGUUUCCAGCACCGCCGCCACUCCCGCCGCGCCACCUAUGCGCGCUUGGAAUGGGUCACGGACGAGACGCUGCAGCUGCAGCGGCAGGCGUACGAGCAGGCCGGCAUGGGGGAGUGGACGGGUUGCGCGGGCAACGUGCCCGUCACCAAGGGCGGGGAAAGGCUGGCCGGGUUGGAUUUGGAGGAUCUGGAGUGCCCGAGGUUGAUGAGGGCGGCAUCGAGGAGGGAGGUGGAGCGGUUUGGUGGGGGGGAGAAGGAUGGGGGAGGAGGUGGUGGGAGAGGGUCGGUGGUGGAUUAUGGGGUGGGGGUGGUAGGGAGUGAGGCGCAGUCGGAAGAGACGCUCGCGGAGAUUUCUGUUGAAAGGGGGCGGGCGGGUGGAUUAGAUGGAUAG